UGUAACGUCGAAGAUAGAGCCACCAAUUGGGUGAGCGGGUGGUAAUCGAGGCGUGUCAUCGGACUUACCUGGGGGCAGAGCGGACCUGGGAGAAAGGAACAAAAACCUUCGAGAUGAUGCUGAGGGACCGGGUAGAUCAAUGAACAAACAGGUGACGGAUGUUCAAGUUGAUUGUUGGGCAAAGUCGAGGCAAACACGACCACUCAUAUACAGUAAGUUAAAGGACUGGUGUCAAAGCCACCUGAUGCACUAGCCUUGCUUCUUGGGAAAGAGGCUCCUGAGCAAACCAGACAGACUGUGCUGUCCUUCCGCGGCUUCUGCAGAUGCCAGGCAAGAUGGCUGCCGACACGCCCGUGAGGACAGAGCAGGAGGAGCUGCAGGGGAGGGCCAACCAGGUGACAGAUGAGUCCCUGGAGAGUACCCGUCGUAUGAUGCAGCUAGUAGAGGAGAGCAAAGAUUCAGGAAUCCGGGCCCUGGUCAUGCUGGACGAACAAGGAGAGCAACUGGAGCGGAUUGAGGAGGGCCUGGACCAGAUCAACUCGGAUAUGAAGGAGGCUGAAAAGAACCUCACAGACCUGGGCAAAUGCUGCGGUCUGUGCUCCUGUGAUAAGCUGAAGGACUUUGAGGAGAGUGGGGCCUAUAAGAAGGUGUGGGGGAACAACCAGGAUGGGGUGGUGUCCGGCCAGCCGUCCUCACGCGUGGUGGAUGAAAGAGAGCAGAUGAUCAUGAGCGGUGGCUACAUAAGCAAGGUGACAAAUGAUGCACGCGAAGAUGAGAUGGAGGAGAAUCUGGGACAUGUAGGCAGCAUUAUAGGCAACCUGAAGAGCAUGGCACUGGACAUGGGCAAUGAGAUCGACACACAGAAUGUCCAGAUUGACCGCAUUCAGGGCAAGGCCAUUCUCAAUGUAUCCCGCAUCGAUGCUGCCAAUCAGAAAGCUAACAAUCUAAUGAAGAGAUAAAGAGGAAGAUUGUCCGUCUCUGCUGUGUGAUCUGAUCUACUCCCUGUCGUUCUGUGCCAAUAUGCGUUCAGUGACCGUUCACCCAAAUAGAAAAUCUGCCAAAUGAUCGUGUAUGCCUUAUCCUAAAGCCUGAGCAGCAGGGUACACAUCAUUAUUCAUACCUGGCUCUACAUUAACCCUAGCCUGUUUGCCAGUCUCUGUUCAGCUAUUACAUUCCACUCUUUGUACUCCAUGUCAUAUGUCACAUGACAAAAAAAGAGUACAAGAAGUGGAACGCUACAGAGACUGGUACCCAGAGAUCCAGCCUGUACCACACUGCUGCCAUCUGUUGGCUAGAUUAUUUUCUAGAAACUAGAUACACAUCCCCUUCGCUCUUUCACCAUCCUCCCUCUGGUCCUCUUUCGAUGCCCGUCCUCUAUGGAGCCAGAUACCUGCCAUAAGAUUGAACGUACAGUACCAGUGAAAAGUUUGGACACACCUACUCAU